AUGGGUUUGCCUGUUUGGGGUCCAAUUUCAAGAUAUCUGGAGAGUUCUGUGAAGCAUUUUUUAUCAGGAGACGCUUUGACAAAGUUGGCAUCGUUUUUCCAAACGAGGGUUGAUAGAUUCAUGAACAAGACUAUUUUAAUAACAGGAGCAGCUGGAGAUAUAGGAUCAGUAACAGCAUAUGCAUUUGCUCAUCGAGGAGCUACGAUUGUAUUAGUAGAUUUGGCCAGCACACAACAGAAGUUAUUAGACCAUCAGAAAAAUCUGAUAAAAGAAGGAGCUAAAAGUGUCUAUGUCUUAACAGCUGAUGUCACAAAAGUUGAAGAUGUUCAGACAAUGGUUUCAGAUACAGAAAUUGAUCCUGAAGUAUUGGAUAAAGAUGAGAUUGAAGAUGAACUAAACCAAAGUGAAAGUGGUCUGACAGGUUUAGCUAAAGAACUCUUGCAAGAUUUAGCUGGAUCAUUGCCUGGUAUAGAUGAAGCUAAGAGCUUUAUACAAGUUAUGAGUCUUGUGCAAGAAUUGAAAUUCUCAGUUGUUGUGUUUGAUACUGCUCCAACUGGUCAUACUAUUCGUUUCUUAUCAAUGCCUCAAGUAUUUGAGAAAGGCAUUUCAAAAUUCACAUUGAAGUCUCACUUUGGUCCUUUAAUGAGUCAGCUUAUGCCUGCAAUGGGAGUGACUGGAGAUAAUGAAAUGCAAAUUGUUCAACAACUUCCAGUUAUCAAGCAAAUUAAUGAGGAAUUUAGAGACGCUAACAAAUCGACAUUCAUUUGUGUGUGUAUUCCAGAGUUCCUUUCUCUUUAUGAGACAGAGAGACUACAGCAUUUGACCAAAAUGAAUAUAGAUGUACAUAAUAUUGUAGUCAAUCAAUUGUUAAGGCCAGAGAAAAUGACAAAGAUUUAUGAACUGUAUGAGACUUUCAUAUUAUUGAGUGUCCUCUGUUGGAACAAGAAGUAA